AACUGUUGUUGCUCCACUUGAAAGAUUAAAGCUGGAAUAUAUAGUUCGUGGUGAACAGAAGCACCUGUCGGAGCUCAUCAAAACAAUUGCAGCUACUCAAGGCUUGAGAGGCUUUUGGAAAGGGAACUUGGUCAAUAUUCUUCGUACUGCUCCUUUUAAGGCAGUUAAUUUUUGUGCUUUUGACACAUACAGAAAGCAACUCCUAAGAUUAUCAGGAAAUGAAGAAACUACUAACAUCGAGCGGUUUGUUGCUGGUGCUGCAGCUGGAGUGACUGCUACUGUGAUGUGCUUACCACUGGACACUAUCCGGACCAAGUUAGUGGCACGGGGUGGAGAGGCCUUGGGUGGUGUGGUUGGAGCUUUCCAACAUGUGAUCAGAACUGAAGGAUUCUUCUCUCUUUAUAAGGGACUAGUACCCUCCAUUUUGAGUAUGGCCCCAGCAGCGGCUGUUUUCUAUGGUGUAUAUGACAUAUUAAAAUCAGCUUAUUUGCGUUCACCUGAAGGCAGAAAAAGAAUAGAGUAUAUGAAGAAUCAGGGAGCAGAGCUCAAUGCUUUUGACCAGCUUGAGUUGGGACCUAUGAGGACCUUACUUCAUGGUGCUAUUGCUGGUGCUUGUGCUGAAGCCGCAACUUAUCCAUUUGAGGUCAUUAGAAGACAUCUUCAAUUACAAGGCCGGGCAUCCAAACUGAGUGCGUUGGCAACAUGUGCGAAGAUUGUUGAACAGGGAGGUGUUCCAGCUCUAUAUGCAGGACUAAUCCCUAGUUUACUACAGGUGUUACCUUCAGCCUCCAUAAGCUACUUCGUCUACGAGUUCAUGAAGAUUGUUCUCAAAGCGGAAUGAAGGACAUCUGUUGCUAAGUAGUGAGGUACAAAAGCAUUGUAUUACAAUGUUAUUCAUCACCUUGAUGUUAAAGAGGUAGGAUCUAGUUUGUUGGACAUGAAAUCUAAAGUUUCUCU